GCCCCCUGCGCUCCGGACGGCGCGAAAACCCAAUUGACAAGAACUCGGGCCGAAGCCCCGCUAGUCCGAUCUGCGUUCCGUGCGUCGCUCCCACGGCGGCCCGGGGCUCGAGCGCUUAGACAGGAACAUCUGCCUCGAGGGCACCUUGUAUUGUCCUGCCGUCCCCUCGGGGCUUGCGCCCCGGCUUCCCCGACAUCCCUGUCUGAGCCUGGCUCCGCGGCCCUGGGCCCAGCCUCGCACUCGCGUCCCGCCGGUGUUCUCUAGGAGACCCGAGACGGGCUCCCCGACUCGCAGCUCGCUCCCACUGGACCUGCCGCCCCUAUGGCCUCCAUCCAGGCUGGGCCGGACCUCUGAAGGUCCUAGGAGCCCGGGUUCUCGGAGGCAGGGAUCAUGGUGGGGGUCCUGACCAUGGCGGCGGCUGCAGCACCCCCUCCUGUGAAGGACUACGAGAUUGAGCCAUGCAAAAAGCGGAGAAAAGAUGAUGACAACUCUUCCUGCGAAACAAUUACCAAAUAUUUAUCACCAAUAGGGAAGACUAUAGACAAGGUUUACUCUCCACCAAAACCCAGUAAUAUUCUACAUUAUUUUAGAAAGACCUCACCCACAACCAAGAAGCUACAAUUGACAAAGGCGUGCAAAAUAAAGCCAUCUCCCCCAUUGCUUGUUGGCAACAGCAAAGACUGUAAGACACCAUUGGAAGUGUUCUCAAGUAGAGACUUUAAGAGGAAAAGGAAGAGAGUUGGUUUAUCCCCUCAACUGAAUGAUAUUAAAAUUCAGGAUGAGUGUCCAGUUGAAAUUAGUAACAAUGAUAGUAAGGAGGACUGUGGUUUAAGUGAUUUUGUAGAAAACAGUACUUCUGUUUUCCUUUACAAGAAACAUGUGAAGGUUCUUACAGAAAGUAUUGAAGAUAGCAGAAACCAGUCAAAUACUAAGUCCUCCAAAAAGAACUCCAAAAAGAAAGUAAAUCCCAAACAAUGCACCACAAAAAGUGAUGGCAAGAUAUUGAGGAAAAGGAAGCAUAGCAAGGUAAUGGAUCAGUCUGAAAGUGUGCCCUUAGCAGACGAAGUUAGUCUGCCUACGGAAGGUGGCAAAGACAUCAAGCUGACUGAACCUUCCCUAGCUGAGGGAAACGAGAAGACUGCGCAUCAUGUAGACUCCAGGACUCAUGCAACCAAAAUAGCUGAUUUAAAUGAGAGUAUAGUUACUGUCUCCUACGAGGAAUUUUUAAAAAGUCACAAGGCAGCUAAAGUGGAAGAGAUACCGGACCCUGCAGUGCCAGCCUGUGUUCCUUCUGGGCCGGGUAAAGCAGUCAAAAGUGGUUCUGAAGGUGAAUCAGAAAGCUGCGAACCAUCUCCACAGCUACACCUCAAGACAGUUACUGUUCUUGCACAAGUUCAUCCCACUCCCCCUAAAAGGAAAGGGAAAAUACCCCCAAUUUUCUUGAAACAGAAGCAACUUGAGCUGGAGAAUAGUCUCUCUGAUCCAGAGACUGAGCAGCCAGUUCAGAAAAGGAGAUCUAAUGUUGUGAUCCAGGAGGGCCAGUUAGAACUGGCUGUGCUGGAAGCCUGGAGCUCUGAGGCUUCAGUACCAAAGUGCAGCAUGGAAGAAAGACAGCAGUUCAUGAGAGCGUUUAGGCAGCCACCGUCAGACACGCUCAAAAAUGGGCUCAAGAAACCUCUGGAGAAGCAGAAAGACCCAAGUGAAAAAUCUGUCGAUGAAGGAAAUAGCAGUUCUGAAAAAGUCAUAGAAAAUCCUAAUAUUCAAAGAGUUUCCAGCCAAGGCUGUUCGCAGGCACACACUGAUAGAGGAAGUUUUCCUGAGGAGAAAAGGAAAAAGCCAAAUAAAAUGGGUAAGAAAAGUAGAACUACUGCAGGUGGAAACAGAGAACAAAACAUACAAAAGGGAAAAACAGCCUUUUCCUUAAAAGAUGAACAAGAUCAAAAUAGCCUACGAAGGAGUGUAAGACAGAAAUCAGAAGUUCUCGAAAGCAAUGCUUUACUUAACAGUGAAAAUCUCGUUUCUGAGGAUACGGCACGUGACUCUGUAAAAAUGUCUCUGUGUGACAGAACUAAAUCAAGAGGCGGCAUCACACCAACCAGGGAUGUGGUUACACAUUGCAAAGCUGAGCCUGGAGGCCGCCUAGCGAGUGUCGCUACACCCCAGCCCACCAGGAGAUGUCUGAGAAGGAGCAGCACGCCUGCCACAGUUACUCUGGGAGGUACUGAGUCAGAGGAUGCUCAGGACACUAUUCCAGUGAAAGCUUCCACUCCAAAAGCAGCCAGAACAUCAGACAAGCACAACCUGUACACAGCAGAAUUAAUAAUAGUAUCUUCUGAUUCCGAGAGCCCCAUUAGAAUGAAAUUCACUAGAAUUACUACUCCAAAAAAAUCCAAGAAAAGUUCUAAGAAAUCUGAAACAAUUGAGGAAGAGCUCACUUCUCAGAAGAAAAAGGCAAACAGUACUUCAAAAAAUAUAUCAAAAGCAAAACAACUGAUUGAGAAAGCAAAAGCAUUCCAAGUCAGUGGAUCAAAGGCUGAAGAAACAGUAGUACCCUUGAGGCGGUCCUCUAGGCAUCAGGCACGUCCUGCAAAGGAGAAGACACCAGAAACAGAUGACUCUGUAAUAAUAAUAGAUUCAAGUCCACCUUCUAUAAGACAACCAGAGAAAAUUCAGAAGAAGCUUCAGAAUUUGAAUGAUGUACUAGGAAAAAAACUUAACAAGUCUGCUAAAAAUGUCCCUGGAAAAAUGAAAAUUGCUCCUUUGUUUCUUGCUAAAAGGACCAAAAGAACAGCUGUUCCUGUCUUUGAUUUGGAUGAAAGCAGUCAAGAUUCAUCUGAACAAACUCAGGAUUGUGAUGUACAAUUUAAAGCAAAGCGUGAUUUUCUAAUGAGUGGUUUGCCAGAUUUACUGAAACGUCAGAUUGCAAAGAAAGCUGCUGCAUUAGAUGUAUACAAUGCAGUGAGUACCAGUUUCCAGAGGGUUGUUCAUGUACAACAGAAGGAUGAUGAAUAUUGGUUAUGGCAUUUGAAGCCACCUUCUUGUCCUCUGUUAACUGAAUUUAAGGAAUUAAAUACUAAAGUAACAGAUCUCUCAGAAUGUGUUGUUGCUUUUGGUGAAUUUUCCACCUUGAAUCCAAAUCCAAGAAGUAAUCCUGCUGCUGUGAUGAUGAGGACAAGGAAGGACUUUACUAAAGAAGUAAGAAAUCUCUUGCUGGAGGAAAUAAAGUGCUCAAAUCCAGAAUUUUCUUUGGGAAAAUAUUUUCCCUUGCUUCUAAAAAAACGAAUUGAACACCAGGUACUUUGUGAGGGCCAUGGUAAACAAGCAAGUCCACAACUACAGCCUGAUGUCAGUCAAAAAGAAACCAAAAGGAAACAAGUGGAAACAGGAAAUCAGAAGUCAAAAAGAAAGAGACAAAAUGAAUAUUCAGUGACCCCAGAAGAGAUAAAGGGGAAGUCAAAAGACCUUGACAAAAGAAUCAGCUCUUCUUGUAUAAAUCUAGAUCCUUCCAAAGAUUCUGGAACUGAAGACAUGCUUUGGACAGAAAAGUACCAACCUCAGAAUUCAAAUGAACUCAUAGGCAAUGAGUUAGCUGUCAAAAAGUUACAUGGUUGGUUGAAGGACUGGAAAAGAAGAGCCGAACUGGAAGAAAGACAGAAUUUGAAAGGAAAGAGAGAUGAAAAAGAGGAAGAUUUAUGGGAUAGCACGGACUUUAAAGGCAGUUCGGAUGAUGAAGAGAAUCGUCUUUGCAACACUGUUCUUAUAACAGGACCAACGGGAGUGGGAAAAACUGCUGCUGUGUAUGCUUGUGCUCAGGAGCUCGGGUUUAAGAUAUUUGAAGUGAAUGCCUCUUCCCAGCGAAGUGGUAGGCAAAUCCUGUCUCAGCUGAAGGAAGCUACCCAGUCCCAUCAAGUAGAUAAGCAAGGUGUAAACUCACAAAAACCCUGUUUCUUUAAUAACUACAACAUUGGCAAGUCACCAAAAAAGUUAAACUCCCCGGGGAAAGUUGUCACAUCACCAAGGAAGCUUCCUCCAUCGUCACCAAAGACAAGUGGGCAGAAGCAAGCACUUCUCCCUAAAACUUUGGCAAAUUACUUUAAAGUGUCCUCCAAAUCCAAAAGUAAUGAAGACAUAGGAGCACUCAUGGGAAAUGAUAAAGGGGUCAAAAAUUCUUCUUUGGAACAGAGACAAAUUAUUCAGACUAAAUUAACCAAUGCAAAUAAUUCACAUAUUAAAGAUGUUAGAGCUGAAGAAUCCAACAGGAAGAAGGCGACAUCACUCAUUCUCUUUGAGGAGGUUGAUGUCAUUUUUGAUGAAGAUGCUGGGUUUUUGAAUGCAGUCAAAACAUUCAUGGCAACAACUAAACGACCAGUAAUUCUCACAACAAGUGAUCCCACAUUUAGUCUAGUGUUUGAUGGCUGCUUUGAAGAAAUCAAAUUCAGUAUUCCUUCCCUGCUAAAUGUUGCCAGCUAUCUACAAGUGAUCUGUCUAGUUGAGAAUUUCAGAACUGACUUUAAAGACUUUGUAACCUUGUUGACCGCAAAUGCUUGUGACAUCAGAAAAAGUAUCCUUUACUUACAGUUUUGGAUUAGAAGUGGAGGUGGAAUUUUAGAAGAAAGACCAUUAUCAUACUGUCGAGAAGAUAGCAGAGAUACACUGGUUUGUUCAGAAGAUGGCUCUGAUGCAAACAUCAACUCUAAAAACACCAAAAGGAAGCGUGUGACCCUCCCCAGGUGUGACACUGGCUGCGCAGAGGCUUUGUUUGGACUCAAGAACAUCGCCUCCCCAUCCCAAGACUUACUUUCAUUGUUGAAGCACAAGAUCAAAACAAAGGAAGAAUGGCAGAAACUCAUUCAGCUUCUCACCGAGUUCCACAUGCAAAAUAUAGAUCUGUUACAUAGUAAUCUUGAGGUCAUCCUGCCACUGCCAGUUAAUGUGGUUCCAGAUGUAAGAGGUGCUUAUGGCUUCCCAGUGACUACACAGGCCAGUGCAUCAGCAAGCAUGGGGCAUCUUACCAGGAAGCAGGCAGAAGACCAUCCAUUGAGAAAAUCACAGAAAAGGAAACAGAAAAAGAUGGUGAUCCUAGAUGACAGUGACCUGUUUGACACUGGCCUAGACUUUUCUGGUGAACUGCCUAGCUUAUCUCCUGAACCCUCCUCAUCUGUAGAAGACAACAUAAGCAGAGACAGCAAUCCAAAGAUUAAGACACAGAACAGUGGUUUCAAGCCCCACUCUGUACCUCAGCCUCCUAAGACACUAGCAGAGAAGAAGUGUUGCAUGCUUGUUUCUCACUGUUUAAAUUCUCUCAGUGAGUUCAUGGAGAACAUGUCCUUCAUAGAUGCUCUUUUAACAGAUCCAGGGGAACAGAAUGAAUUGGAGAAACGUGCCUUUCACUGGACAAACGGAAAGGUUAAAAGCGGACUUUGUGAUGAAUUUAGUCUUGAGAAUAGAGAUAGGUGGGCUCCUCAGAGCGCUAGAGAAUUAAAAGCAACUGCAGAAGCACUCAGCUUUACUAAGUGUUCUUCUACCAUUUCAAAAGCACUGGAGUCCUUGAAUUCAUGCAAGCAAUUAGAAAGAGAGCCAACCAACGAACUCACGGUCUGUGUUUCACAAAGGCGCCAUGAUACAUGCUUCCGCCAAUCAGCAGCUAAUCUAGACAAUGCUGACAAGAGGAUGGCAGUCAUUAGAAGUGUGUUUUCUAGUCGUUCUUUCCUGACCCUGGGUAAUAAACAAGCUAGUCUCAUUGACUACCUGCCAACUCUUCGGGACAUUUGUCGGACAGAAAAGCUAAAAGAACAAGAGAAAAAUAAAAGAAGGUUUCUGCACUAUUUUGAAGGAAUUCAUCUAGAUAUUCCUGAAGAAACCAUAACUACUUUGGCAGCUGGCUUCCCUUGAUGCUCUCCGUCAUCAGUCUUGUACAGAUGGUGUGGUCCCGAUGACCUACUUUAGAGUAUGGUGACUUUAAAGAAGAGCUUAUUUCUCUUAAUGUAAAUUUUAAAAGACUUUUGUAUUUUUGUGGUUCAAGUAUUUAAAAUGAAAAUUUUGAGUUACAAAUUGUAUAUAUGACUGUGACAUUUUUUCUGAAUGUUUGGAUUAUCUAUUUUUGCUUUACUGUAUACUUUCUGUAUGUGUGAACUAUUUGUAGAAUAAUUUUUACUUAUAGAUUUCUAGAGCUGUUUCAGUUCUAAGCUUACCUGUCCUUUUUCCCUUUUCCUGUAAUCUUCCUCUACUGCCAAGCUUCAGAGCUGUACUGCUGUAAAUAGGCAGUCUCUAAAGUUACACAAUGGAAAACAGUUAUGUACAGGGUAUUUUAAAAUGUCCUAGGAAGUAAAUUAUGCCUCGGUUGUGGAAAGCAUUGCCUUUGUUUCUUGUGCCUUCUUCCAGCAUGUUUUACCAUUUAAUCAUUGAGUCAUUAGCGUUGACAGAGUAAAGCAUUCUGAAUUCUAGCAUUUACCUAGAUAAGGUGAGAUGAAAAGACCGUCUAUCACUCCCUGUAGUUAUACAGUCUAUUGGAUUUUGCCAACUCAAAUCAUUUGUACAUUUUCAGGUACUUUUAUAUCAUUAUGUUUUAUUUCAUAAAGAGUAAUGACACUAGUUUAUCUAUUUUGGACAACUUGUUGAUGGUUGAAGAAAUAAUGAUGGAUUCUACCAUGGGGUUUCUACCUAACUGCUGUUUUCAUUUAAGUAUGGCUUUUGUUGUUGGUUUUCGGUGCUGAGGAUUAAAUUUAGGGGUUUUUGUAUUAUAGGCAAAUGUCUUGUGUCUUACUAUAUACACAAGCGUUGUGUUUUAAUAAUUAUUUGCAAUGGUACAUAUCAAACCCAAGAUCUUGUGCAUUCUAUGAACAUGCUUAACCACAGAGCUAGAAACCCCAUCCUGUUUUUGAGGCAGGGUCUGGUAUAUUGCUUAGGCUACUCCUAAUCUCCUUGCAGAAUUUUGUAAUCCCCAUCUCAAGCUUAAGUACUUCAGGUAUAUGCUACCACACCGAGCAAGGUCAUCUUUUAAUAUUUUUUUGAGUACCUAUUUUUAACUUUAGUAGCAAGAUUUUAAAAUGCACAUUUUACUUAAUGUUAUUUUGCAGAUAAUCAGGUUUGUUUAAAAUUCCUUCAUAAUGUAAAUAUUUGUAAAUAUAUUAUUCAGGUACAUUUUCUGAUGUAUUUUUAAUUCAGAAGGAUCCUAGUUUUGUACUUUUUUAAAAUAUAGGUGCAUAACUGUUUACAAGUGUGUAUGGAGAUGUGUUUUUACCUCUUGUUCAACCUACCUUUUCUUGUAUUAGUAAAUUGAUCUA